AUGGCUGUUUCUAGUUCGAUUUUUAAAUGGAAAUACUUAAUCGUAUUAAUAAUCUUUGCUGCUUUAAUUACGAUUUGUAAUGGUUCUCACCACGUGAUUCGAAAGCGACAAGCUACUGCUAAAAGUCCAGCUCAAGCUCCAGCUCAAUCUCCAGCUCAAGCUCCAGCUAACUCUCCAGCUCAAGCACCAGCUAACUCUCCAGCUAACUCUCCAAAUCAAGCUCAAACACCAGCUCAAGCACCAGCUAACUCUCCAGCUAACUCUCCAAAUCAAGCUCAAACACCAGCACAGCAAGCUCCAGGGGCUCAAACACCAGCACCGCAAGCUCAGUCACCUCAAGCACCAUCAUCGCAAGCUCAGUCACCUCAAGCACCAGCACCGCAAGCUCCACAAUCGGCUCAAUCACCACAAGCUCCAUCUCCGCAAGCACCAACAGGAGCCGCACAAUCACCAGCUCAACCAGCACAGCCGACUCAACCACCAGUUCAGUCACAACAAAAUCCACCAUCUCAACCACAAGGAGGUACUCCCCAAUCUCCAACUGCAAACGGUAAUGGUCCAAAAACUACGUCAUUAUCGUUUGGAGUUAGCGAUAUUUCUAAAAUUAAUUCUUGUACUGACAUAUUAAAAUGUUCAAAAGAAAACGUUGGGACUACUGACACACCUAUAUCUUCAACACCAGUUCCAAAAGUGACCAGUGAAACAACUACUACCCGUGAUGUUUGUACUGAUACUGUUAAUUGUCAUAUUGUUCCAAUGACUCCUGGUCAAACUGCGCAAGUGGUUACGACAACUGCACCACCAGAUAACACGGUUUACACUUUACCACCAGCCAACGGAGCUGCAGCCAACCCUAAUGCGAAAUAUACAACAACAACGUUUUUCUCAACGACUCAUGAAGUUGUUCCAGGCUAUUCUACAACUACCUCAACAUUGGGAUCUGAUGGACAAUAUACAACUUUCUCUACAUAUUAUCCACCGAGUACGCUCGUUGUAGUAAAACAGGUUACUGGUGUUCAAGAAGCUGAUUCAUUAAGUACUGAUGGAAUUGUUGGAGCUGGAAAUAGUUUUAAUGAAAUGAGAGGAACUGGAUCUGCACUAUUGG